AUGGGAAAGCUAACAAUUGAUGCAUUUUUCAAAAGAAAAAGCAUUGAAGAUAAAAAUUUUGGAGAAAAUGGUCAAACAUAUAUUCCAAAUUCUGAAAAUUUAGUUCCCACGCAUUCUAAGAAGGCUCAAAGAAUUGAAAGUGAAAUAUUUGAUAUUACCUCUUUGGAGCGUGAUCCUGAAAACGUCCUCAAAUUUGGGAAUACCCAAUUAAUCAACAAAAUGAAAUUCGUUGAGCUUAUAUUAAAGUUGGACCAUAUCAAAUCAAACUUGAAAGUUAUCCACCAUCUAGAUCAAAGGAGCAUCUUCGACAUUUUUGUAGCUCUUGAUAAAGAAGGGUUCAUUCGUGAACGAUUUUUUGGUGAUGUCCAUGUACGUGAUACUACGGCGUUAGCUUUGAAAGGAGUCCAUCGCCUCCAACUUGCUUUAGUUGCAGCUUCUCGAGAAGUAAGUCAAGUUCAUCAAUUUUUCUCUAUCUUGGUUUUCAUUAUCAAUAUUGUUACUGCAUCUUGCAAGCGUAAUGAUGAAUUAAAGGAGGCUCAAUCUGUUGAACUUGCUACUAAGAUUGCAAAUGAUGAAAUUGAAUCAGGGACGGGGCUAAAUCAAAUUGAAUUGCAAAAGAAAAAGUUUCAUAUUUUCAACGUGGAGAUGCAGAUUUUGCUUGCAAUCAAUUAUUAUUUGUUUGAGUUUGUUUUCAUAUUACAUCUUAUGAAAGAGAUUUUGGAAAUUACUUGUAUUCUUUGUGUAGCCUUACAACAACAAUCACAGUAUAUUUUGAAUGUUAUGCAUAUUGUUGCAAGUACAAAAAGGCUACUUAAGAGCUUUCGAGAUUCAGGAUGGGAUUCUUUCCUCAUGAAGAUUACAUCAUUUUGUAAGCAACAUCAAAUUGAUAUCCCAGAUUUGGAUGCUCAAUAUGUUGCAAAGGGGGGAAGAUCUCGAAAUCAACAAGAUAAGAUUAGUGUUAUGCAUUAUUAUCGAGUUGAUAUCUUUAUUACCACACUUGACUAUCAGUUGCAAGAAUUAAACUCUAGAUUCAAUGAAAAUUCGGUAGAGUUGCUUAUUCUUAGCACUGCUUUUGAUCCUAGAGAUGGAUUUAAAUUGUUCAAGAUUGAUGAUAUUUGCAAACUUGUAGAGAAGUUCUAUCCUGAUGAUUUCUCAGAGCUAGAAGUAGUACGUCUAAGAAUUGAACUUCAACAUUUUGUGCUUGACAUUCCAAAUCAUCCUGAAUUACAGAGUUUAUCUUGUAUUCAUGAAUUGUGUCAAGGCUUGGUGAAAACAAGGAAAGAAAUUAUGUAUCCUCUUAUUGACAGAUUACUUAGGAUUGUUCUUACUCUUCCUGUAUCAACAACAACUACAGAACGAGCAUUUUCUAGCAUGAAAAUUAUCAAAACAAAGCUUCAAAACAAGAUGGAAGAUAGUUUUUUGAAUGAUUGCUUAAUUUUUUGUAUUGAGAAAGAAAUUGCUACAAACUUUAGUAUUGAAUCCAUUAUAGACGAUUUUGCAUCUAUAAAGAAUCGUCGAGCACAAAUUACUUAUAAAAAUAAAAAUUGA